AUGCACGGUCGCAUGCCAUCACAUGCACGGUUGCAUGGCAUCACGUGCGCGAGCCUUUUUGCAAUCAUGCAAUUUGCUGCCAGCUGCCCCUGUCUUUCUUCCCUUCCCUGCCCCGCCCUCUUCUCUGCAAAGCAGGAGCAGGGCAGGCAGGAGAGGGUGGCGGCGCGGCAAGAAGAGGAUGCGCGGCACCUGGCAGCACGGCAGGGGGAGGGCAUAGGAGAUGGCCGGCUCAUGACACAGGCGGCAGGUGCAGCAGGGCGGCUCAUGGCUCAUGUGCGGCAGGUGCAGCAGGGUGUUUUUGAGAAUCUCCAAAACCUCCCUGCAAUUUUUCAAAAGCAGGGGUCAUGUGUGACAGGCGGAGGAGAGGCGGUGGCAGCGCAGGCAGAGAUGGAGGGGUUGAUGGGGGAGGGCACAACACUGGUGGUGGACCGCUACUCGUUCUCAGGCAUCGCAUUCUCAGCCGCCAAGGGCCUCGACGUGCACUGGUGCAAGUCCACGGAAGUGGGCCUACCAGCACCAGACGUUGUAAUUUACCUUGACAUCGACCCACAGCAUGCAGCAGAGCGGGGUGGGUAUGGUGGGGAGCGGUACGAGAAGGUGGAGUUCCAGCAGCGAGUGGCUCAGCAUUUCCAUGCACUGAAAGACGACACUUGGGUGGUGAGAACCUUUCUGCCCUUGUGA